UUGGGUCUCUCAGUUUUUGGCUCAGUCGCAGGCCAGCUUUUGCGGCAUCCACACCACUAGCUCAAGUCCAACAGAGGGCUCAGAGCUGCGAGCCCAGUUUGAUGUGGGCAUAGACCUACUUGCAACCAGAGACCUUGCCUCAAAAGUAAAACCACCAAGGAAACUCACGUGCAACAGCGAGGCAACAUGGAGAAGUCGUUUCCCAUAACACCCUGGAAGUACGGCCUGCUGGUCACCUGCAUUCUUAUUGUGACCUGCAACGUGUUCUUCUUCUCCUGCGGCGUGACCACCUGGGGCUCGGCUGUCUCCGUCUACGGCAGCUAUGGGUCAGCCCUUUGUGGAGGAGCAGUCUUCGGAGUCGCCUUCCUGGGCAUGUACGUGGCCUUGAAGGUGUCGUACAAGUAUUCUAUAUACUACUUGAUUUUCAGUGGCCUGGUCAUAGCCGCACUGGGCUCCUACCUCUUCACCUUCACGGCGAUGCGGGAGCAGCUGAUGGGCAGGUUCGAGGAGCGCAUGCGCGACCUCUUUGAGCGGAAGACCCACAGCGACGACAAGAUGCAGCCGGUGCACAGUCUCUUCGGCUGCUGCGGAAUCGAGGGACCGCAGGACUACCUCAAGGAGGAGCACGGCGCCCUGCCCAGCAGCUGCUGCUACGCCUUCGACUGCUCCAAGCCGGCCCACGUCUACGAGGAGGGCUGCUCCACCAAGGCGGUCGCCAAUCUGAGGAUGCAGGCGGAGCUUAACUACUAUAGCUGCAUGGCGAUCAUUGCCCUCGAGUUCCUGGGCUUGUUCACCGCUUACCAUUUGGGCAAGGCUCGCAAGUACGCCAAAACCAAGGUAAAGGACGAGGAGACCCCCAUCAACGCCUGAUGAUGAGGACACCCCGCAUAAUUACUGAUAAUAAAAUUAACCAAAUUAGUCAGAAUGCCAUUAGAAAAUAAAUACUUUCCAUAGCCUAA